AUGGCGCCUGGUAAACCUCAGGUUAUUGUGCAGAAACAGCGGGAUGAGAAGAGUAGGCUUGAUGUCGUCAUCGUUGGUGCUGGUCUGGGGGGCCUCGGAGCAGCGAUAUCCAUCUUACUAGCCGGGCACAACGUACAUAUCCUCGAGUCGACGUCGGAAAUUGGUGAAAUCGGCGCUGGGAUCCAAUGCUUACCGAAUGCGUCGCGAAUUCUGAUAUCCUGGGGUCUCGAGUCGUAUCUUGAGAAGUAUGCGACUACACCGCAGUUUUGCAAUAUGCGGGGGUGGAAGGGGAAUAAGAUAAGCGAUAUGGAUUUUCAUGAGUAUGAGAGAGAAUGCGGGACACCGUUUUGGGAUUUCCAUAGGGCGGACUUGCAUAGGGGGCUUUUGGAACGGGCGAUCGAGUUGGGUGCGAAGUUGACUACAAGAGCGAGGGUCGUGGAUAUCGAGUACGAAGCCGACCAGGGGAACCAGACUACAAGAGCCACCGCCGUGUGUCAAGACGGCACCAGACACACAGCCGAUCUAGUAGUCGGUGCUGACGGCAUCAACUCGAAAUGUCGCGAGAUACUCCUAGGCCACAAAGACCCCCCCCUUCUCACCGGCGACCUCGCAUACCGCCUCCUCCUCAACACCAACGACAUGCUCAAAGACCCCGACCUAGCCCACUUCGUCCUCGACCCCCAAGUCAACUACUGGGUUGGCCCAGACGCCCACGCAGUCAACUACGUCCUCCGCGGCGGCAAGCUCUUCAACAUGGUCCUCCUCGUCCCAGACGACAUGCCCGCCGGCGCCAACACGCUCGCCGGCAACGUCGAAGAGAUGCGCGCCCUAUACAAAGACUGGGACCCGCGCAUCGGCAAACUGCUCGCGCUAUGCCAGUCCGUCGCCAAAUGGCGGCUCAUGAUCCGCCCCGGUCUCGAUCCCACCUGGUCGCAUACCCGCUCUGCUGCCUUUACCAUUCUCGGCGACGCCGCCCAUGCGACGCUGCCGUAUCUUGCGUCGGGCGCCGGCAUGUCGCUCGAAGAUGCGCACGUGCUGGGGCUUUGUCUCGCCCGGCUUACUGCAAAGUCCCGUCCUGACAAGGCGAGGGCGCUGGCCGUGUACGAGCGGUGUCGGCGCGAGCGCACCGAACGCGUGGUUUCACGCGGAAACCGCCAGCAGUAUCUGUAUCAUGUCCAUGAUGGGGAGGCCCAGGUGAGGCGGGAUGAGCUACUGACGGCUUUUGGCCGGUUUAAUGGUAGGGGCAGGGUGAGUAAAGAGGAGUUUGAAGAUAGGGGGUUGAGGGUUGGCGAGGAUCCGCUGGCGUGGCGGUGGGGGGGCGUGGGGAGUUGGCUGUUGACGUAUAGGUGUGAGGAGGAUGUUGAGAGGAGGUGGAGGGAGGUGGAGGUGGAGAGUAGGGGAGGCGUCAUGGAGGGAGAAAAUGUUAGAGCGGUUUUGUAG